AUGGCUACUCUCACUUGUUCCGUCGCUGAGCUUCAAUCACUUCUUAUCAACAAUGGAGGCAACACUUCCAUGGCAACAGAAACUGCCAAAUACAUAUGUGGAAGAUUUGACGCUAUCUCUAACAACUUUCUUGACACAAACCAUGCAGUGGACAACACAUACCUUCUCUUCUCUUCCUACCUUGUCUUUGCCAUGCAGCUUGGCUUCGCCAUGCUGUGUGCCGGAUCGGUUCGCGCCAAGAACACCAUGAACAUAAUGCUUACUAAUGUCCUUGACGCCGCCACUGGCGGCAUCUUCUACUAUCUUUUUGGCUUUGCCUUUGCCUUUGGCUCCUCGUCCAACGGUUUCAUCGGCGAACAUUUCUUUGGCCUAACGCAGUUCCCGUCCGAGUCCUUCGACUAUGCAAACUUUCUUUUCCAAUGGGCUUUCGCCAUCGCCGCCGCCGGCAUAACAAGUGGAUCCAUAGCUGAGAGGACGCAAUUUGUUUCCUAUUUGAUAUACUCUUCGUUCUUGACGGGGCUAGUUUACCCGGUCGUUUCGCAUUGGUUUUGGUCAUCGGACGGUUGGGGAAGCCCUGCAAGGGUUGAUCCAGAAACACUGCUGUUUGGUUCGGGAGUCAUUGAUUUUGCUGGAUCAGGUGUUGUUCACUUGGUUGGUGGUGUUGCUGGAUUUUGGGGUGCCUUUAUUGAAGGACCAAGGAUUGGAAGGUUUGAUCAUGAGGGAAAAGCUGUGGCUAUGAGGGGACAUAGUGGUACUUUGGUUGUUUUGGGAACGUUCUUGUUGUGGUUUGGUUGGUACGGAUUUAACCCUGGCUCGUUUCUCAUCAUUUCCAAGGCUUAUGGUAAAAGUGGUUCUUUCUAUGGACAAUGGAGUGCAAUUGGUAGGACUGCUGUGACAACAACACUUGCAGGUUGCUCAGCAGCAUUGACAACUCUUUUUGGCAGACGUUUGCAAACUGGUCACUGGACUGUCACAGACGUUUGCAAUGGCUUGCUUGGCGGAUUCGCCGCCAUCACUGCCGGCUGCUCUGUAGUAGACCCUUGGGCUGCAGUGAUAUGCGGAUUCUUCGCGGCUUGGGUGUUGAUUGGAUGCAACAUUCUAGCUGAGAAAUUCAAGUAUGAUGAUCCCUUGGAAGCCUUCCAACUCCAUGGUGGAUGCGGCGUCUGGGGGAUCAUUUUCACUGCGUUGUUCGCGAAAAAGGAGUAUUUGAAUGAGGUCUUUGGAGGGCCAAUUGAUAGGCCUUAUGGUUUGUUGAUGGGAGGAGGUGGAAGGCUUUUGGCUGCACAUGUUGUUCAGAUUUUGGUUAUUGUUGGUUGGGUUAGUGUUACAAUGGGAACGUUGUUCUUUGUUUUGCACAAGUUGAAGCUUUUGAGGAUAUCAUCUGAAGAGGAGAUGGAAGGUUUGGACUUAACUAGCCAUGGUGGAAUGGCUUAUGAGUAUCAUCAUGGUGAACUUGAGCUUCUACAGAAACGUUCGCUUGAAGGAACAAGGAUAGAUCCUUAG